AUGGCCGGAUUCAUGGGUAGUCCAGAAGGAGACGAGACCAAAUCGCUCCUUGAAAAAGUACAGACCAAAGAUGAUUUUCACACCAAGCGGUGGCGUUGCCUAUCGCACCCAACACGUGCCUUGGAGACGUUGUCACCAGUAGCAAUCCUUGAGAUUGGCAUCUUGAAUGCACGUGAUCUCGCAGAGAGAGAAAGUGGCUACUGGCGAUCGGCGGACACAACUGCCGACUCCUUCGUGCAAGUCGUGUUGGACGAUCAGGAACUCGAGAAGUGCAUCACUCCAGUUGCGAGGGCCAAAAAGCAGCCCAUGUGGCUCUAUCAUUGCGAGGUGGACAUCCUUGCUCCCAUGUCUAUGAUUCGCUUGCAGGUCUUUGAUGACCAGCCAACCGAAAAGGUCCAAAUCGGCUUCAUUGACAUUUGUGUGGGGGACAUUCCGUAUGACAAGACCAUUGAGGGAUGGUUUGAGCUGCGCUUCCAGGACAAUUUUCAGUCGACGAGCAUGGAUCGCUACAACCACCACUGCAUGAUACGAGAGGAGGAAGUCAGCCAGCGGGAGUUCCGAGAGGAGAAGAGCAAGAAGGAGAAGGGUAGUCAGCCCACAAACCCAGAAGCGCUUGAGGAGGGGAACAAGAUCACCGAGAAGAUUGUGGUGAAGAAGCAAUUUUUUGCCUCCAGCAAGGAGAGGGCCAUGGACGCGUUCCAAGCUUGUGUCCACUCAACCGCUGACCGGGCAGAGGAAUAUGGCUUCCAGACCUUGAGCGCCAGCCUGAAGGAGGGCGGCACCAGGGACCGGUAUCGCAGCAACAAUGGCGAACUGUACAUCUCGCUGAAGCUCAAGACAGUCGUUUCCAGCGCCGACAGCCUCUUCGCGCUUGCGUUGGAUGCGCCACCGCCGGUCAACAUGGGCAUCCGUGAGACCACGGAACUCAAGAGGACCCCAGACAUCCAGCAAUGCGUGGACGAAGCAUGGGAGGUGAAGGUGAAGUUGCUGGAUGAUGCCUUGUUGUGCUGCAUGUACGGUUUCAAGUACCUCAUUAGCUGGCGUUGCUGGCCGCUUUCACUUUUGUACUUCCUUGGACUGCUUGUGUGCUGCUACAAGUCCUACUGGUGGUGGGCAAUCAUACCCUUCCUUCUCUCAGUCUCCCUAAUCGUCAAUUCCUUCCCGGAGCAGCGCAAGUACAUGACUCGGGGCGGUCAGAAUGCAGACCUCACAGAGGAGGGCUUCAAGCACACAGCUUCUUGGCGCAACACGGACGAGGUUCAAAAGUUCAUAUUGCGCCUGCUCACGGAAGACAUGAAGGCGAGGCUGGACAAUCCGCGCAACUCCCACAAGUUGCGCGCCUUCGCCGCCCAGUGCAUGCGUGACGGCGUGCCGACGGUGUCGCUCUCAGAGCUGCGCCUCGCACUCAUGGCAGCGCCGUUUGUGGUCGCUGAAGACAAUGUUGCGACCUUCCAACGCAAUGACCUCGUGUGGGUAGAUGGCCGUGAGCGCGGCACGAUUCUCGAGCUGGCCGCGCCUGAAAACGUAACCGUGGAGCUCCAGCCCACGCUGUUGGAUCCCGAGAAGCAUGUGAAGGUGGUACACCAGCGCCAGCUCACCAAGAGGGGCGAAAGCAUCCCGAACCUUCCCAAGUGGGCCUCCGACUUGGCCGUGUCCUCCGCCAUGGUGCAGAUCUACCCUCCACUUGAGGGCAUCCGCCACGGCUUGUUGCCUGUGAUCGCCACGGUAACGGACAUCCUCACAUGGAAGAACAAGUCUGUGGCCGUCGGAUUGCUUGUUGUCCUGCUCUCGGUGGCCGCCCUUUUCUUCUGGGCGGCAAUCAUGCAUGUCAUCCACAGCAAUGACAAGGGGAAGCUCUCUUACGCUCAGGAGGUCGUCAUCUUGGUGUUGAGGAGCCUUGACAACUUCAUUGCGGCCAUCGUGACCAUGGUGAUUUUCCUUUUCCAGGCUUGGUGGAUGACACAUUUCUCUUCCUUCACGAAAAUCAUGCAGAGACGUGGACAUCAGCGCCAAGCUCCUGGCAUUUGGAAAUUUUACAGAGAGGACCAAGAGCAGUCCGAGAUGCUCAGGAACAUCCUCGCCAAAGAGGCAGAAGAGUACCCUCACGGCAUGUUCCACCUCCCGCACAUGAGCGGUGAUGCCAGCGUGACUGGCGAGCCUCUGAAGUUAGGGGCACCUCUCGGUCUGGAGGCUUUGCCGGACCCCAUUGGCCUUCUGAGGCUGAACCGUGGAGUUCCGGACUGCGUCCGAGCAGCCGCCCGCAGCGAUGAAUUCUGCACUGUGGUGCAGGAGCCUGGUGCAGCCACUGCCUGGGUGCCGCGACGGGUUUUCUCGAAGGAGCUCGUGCAGUCCGAGGGUGCAGAGGAGGUGGUGCCUGGCCAGUCCUGGUGCGCCUUGCGCUUGGAGCCGCGGUCGCCUUUUAGCUUCAGCCUUGCUGCUGCGCUCUUCAAAACGCUGGCAGCGGGCUCUGUUCGUGCACGGCUCCUCUCGGCAUCGGGUCCCGAAGUGAUCUUGAUUCCGGAAGCCGAUCUCUCCACUGCGGUUGCCCUUCUAGUACAAGACGGCCACGCGCUGUGGCCGUCCACUCGCAUCUCUUCACCAGUUUGGCGCGAUGUCAGUGCAAGCGAUCCCGUUGCAAAAGAGCUGGCAGGUGUCUGGAGCCUCGUUCAGAGGGAGCAGCCGUUGGGUACCACAGUCGCAGAGUAUACCGAUGGUGACGGGCCCUUGCGGCUGCAGGCGCCUUCCGGCCUUUUCGUGGAGCUCUGCAUACCACGCAAAAAAGGCCACGACACAGAAGAAGCCAGCUUCGGGGGCUACUGCCAUGUCGAAGCAAAUGGCCGGCAUCUGCAGUACAUGCAACAGAGGCGGAUCGACUUCCAGCCACCGCACGUUGAGGUACCAUCCUUUGUGGUGACGCCAAGUGAAGCCUCGAUUGAAGUCACGGCCGUCGGGGCCAAUGAGUUUCGGGAGCUCUGGGCGCGCGUGGGCGCAGCUGGGACGCCAGAGGUGGCUUCUUUGGAGCUGCAGUCCGAGUCCCCCAAGGGCAAGGUUGCUCGGUAUGGGCUUUGGAUUUUCAUAGGAAUGCGCUUUGCAAGGAUCCUGGGCCCUUCACAGGGCCACGGAACUGUGGCCAGCGCCUAUUGCCAGUCUUUGGCGCAAUUGCGCCAGAUCCGCGGCAAGUCUGUGGUUGACAAAGAGCUCAACGACCUUUAUGAAGCUGUUUUCGGAGUGGUAGAGGAACCGGGUCGCCUGAGGACUUGCAAGAAGUCCCGGUCCCCUGGCCAAGCAGAUACUAUGCUCUUCGAUUACACUGACCCGGAUACUGGGAAGGUCACCGUCGAGUCGGAGACCGUGGUGUACGAAGCCCCUGGUGGCAGGACAGAGACAUGGCGCAUUGUGGACUGGACCUUUGACCCAUUCACCCGCGCUUCCUCUCCCGCUCCUUCACGAGCCACAUCCCUGGCACCGGACUCUGAGGAAGAGCCUGCUGCCACCUCCAUUGCCGAAGAGGAUGACGAAGAAGAGGGAAUGGCAGUCACAGCCCAGGCUCACGAGCCUGACCCUGAGCGGGAGCUUACCGACGUCGGCGAGCCUUCGGAGGAGGAGCCUGCGCCGGUGGUCGAAGAGAAGCCGGAGAGGAAGAAGAAGGCCAAGCUUAAGGGCCGAGAGGAUGCCGAGGUCAAGCGCCCAGAGAAGGCAAAGAAGAAAGGAAAGAAGCAAAAAGGUGCUGACGAUGAGGAAGAUGAUGUUGCACAGCAAGAGGAGGGGAGCGGCGAGUGCGAGGAGGAGGCACAGGAGGAGCUUGCCACUCCAGAGCCCAAAGCGAGGAAGGAGAAGAAGAAGCACAAGAAGGACGAACGCGAAAAGAAGGAGAAGAAGGCGAAGAAGUCUAAGACGCACAAAGCGCGGAAUGCCUUAGCACAGGAGGAUGAGGAAGAAGAGGCCCCCGAGGAUCCGGAGUCGGAGGCUUGUGCCGAUGAGCCUUCGGACGAGGACGCAGGUCCUCGGAUCGCUGAGCUGCGGGCCAUGCGCCUGCGAGCGCGCGAGGACCGUGAGACGACACUCAAAACAAUGCGAAAGUCUCGUCAGGAGGUGGUGGAAAACGAGUCACCGGAAGCGCCGGCCAGGAGUAAGGCCGGUAAGACCAAGGCCAAGCUCAAAGAAGCCGAAGAUGUGCGGAAGGCAAAGGAGACCAAGGACAAACCAAUGAAGGACAGAGGUACCCCGCAAAAAGAUAAAGACAAAGGCAUUAAGAAGACGACAACGAAAAGGAGAGCCAGCAGCGAGGAGCCUCCCAUGGACAAGGCCCCGAAAGAGUUGGUGAAGAAGAAAAGGCGGACGUGA